CACCACGCGCGCCCUCGCCACCACAAUUAACACCGUUUGCGAAGAAAUAUGGAACACGUAACACGCAGGACGACACUUGGGACGACUAUUUCACCCAGCUGGGAAAAUCAGGUGCCUUUUAACCCACAACCUCCCAAUUCCGGAGCUAAAUCUUUCUUCUCUAGCACUCACACCCGUGGAAGCCAAAUCAAUACUUCCAAAAAAGACUCUGCCCCCCAAUCCCUCCUUAGGGGGAUUGAUAUCACAGACCUACAAAUAUAUGGUAUUCUGCAUGGAUUUACAGCUACCCAACUAGAAUCACUGGGCUCUUUUCCUGAUCUGAAUGCUAAGAAAAGCACACUUUCAAAUCCAAUACAGCAAGUCACAUCAUUCGGGUUCUUUAUUAAUGAAACUAAUGUUUCGUAGUCCCAUCUUCCAAAUAGACAAUUGGGAGCACACCUCCAAGCCACUAGAUGUACCUACCAGAGUUCUUUCACGUAUAGAUUUGAAGGAGGAUUGUUACGGGCUAGAUCCUAAUAGAACCCACGGAUACUGGCAGAUGCAGAAUGACCUGAUUCGAAAAGCUAUGGAACCAGUUUUAAGGCAUGUCUCGCGGUAUAUGUCCAAUCUGAAAACGUCAAAAUGGGUUAGUGUUUUCCUCUGCAGGCCAGCGACCGCAAUUUCGGAAGGCUAAUUCGAGCUUUCCAUGUAGAUAGACACGCUCCUGCUGGCCACGCCAGAAAUACUGGACUCCAACCUCGACAUGCGGUCGGCCGCAGAAAAACUGGCCAAACCAGACCGGUUUCGAACCAUCGUGGAUCGCCAACCAGCCAGUAUAAGGCCAGGAGAACUCGAGUAUGAGUUGGAUAAGUAUUUAGUUGAUAUGGAGAAACGAGUACGAUUUGGUUUUGGGUCUUGCUUGAAUAAGUCCAGGGAAAACCUCCCACUAGGCCCCAACUCCCCUAAGAAAAACGCGCCUUUCGCUGGUGUGACUUUCGCAACGAUCUCCAGGAUUUGGGGUAAUGCUAUAAAUAUUAUUAUCGCGACUGAAUUGGUGACGCCUUUGCUCCGAAACGACUUCAGUACUUCCGAGAGAUUGGCCGAAGAGUUUAAUGUUUCGGCCACAAUACUCCACGAGAUUGCUGUAAGACUUGAGCUUCCGUUUCCUAAAUAUUUCUCCACUGUACCACACCAUUAGUCAUUGUACAUUUCCACGCGGGUUGGGGAUCAUAGUGGUUGUUCUAGUAAAUUCCUCUUGGCUAACGAUUCGCUUAGCAUGCUCUAUAUCUAGAUUGGCAACUCAGAAUGUAUGAGAAAGGAAUGCCUGGUGAGACCUGGGCUCUUCCAGAGCCUUAUGUUAACGGCGAAAUCUUGUCCGAGUUGGGUUAUUCAUGGACAAAUGCACUCUUCGAUGGUGAUAUGAUUCCCUUCCGGGGAAGAACGAUGUGGAAAGACGCACGUCCUAAUCUCGGUUUAUUUGCAUUCAAGCCUCCAGGGCGAAAGGACAAAUUAGGACACGACACCCCCAUCGCUGGUGGGAUUCUCCCAAAGACGGACUACUAUUCGCCUGUACCGUCGACGCACUAUGAAAAGGUGGCUCGUGAUAACUUUUGGGAUUUUGGGGCCCGGAAAUGGGGGCUGGAUAUUGUGAAGCCCUGGUUUGUUGCGCAUAGUGAAAUUUGGGAUAAGCCGAAUGCAACGGCAGGUGACACUUACCUUUACAAAAUUGUCAUCAACGCGGACCGGAUGGCAGGCGCCAACGCUGAAAAUGCCUACUUUGGAAGGCCUAACUUUUCAUAUCAAGGACUUCUACAACUCACUCCUCCAGAACGAGUGUUAUACGCACAGGCCAAGAAGGAUCUGCGCCGUCGGCAAGCGCUUAACAGACGAGAAAAGUUCCGAGCUAAGCGUGUUGAUCAGGCCCAGCACGUCCAGGCCGCAAGAGAUCGUUGGGAACUUGCAUUCAGUGGUAAUCUGGCUGAGGAGACUGCAAAACAAGCACAGCAAGUAGCACCCCUGGAUUAUCUCGAGCAAUUGAUGUUCGAAGCAGAUGAUCAUAUUCAAGAAACACUCGCUUACCGACGGGAGCCCACCCGCGAUGACAAACACGCAUACUUCCUCCUCAGACUUAAUCGUCAUCUUCGUGGGAUAUUUCUGAAAUACACCAAGGUGAUGCAAGAACACAAGGUCAACCCUUCAGCGACAGAUUCUAUUGAGGCGGAUUUGACGAAUAUGCUUAGCGUUACUGCAUUACUGUUACACAACCGAAUCGAUGUAUCUGCCGAUAUCACGAAGUUAGAUAUGGAUCCUGCGCGUCUUAAGAUAGAAGCCGAUAUGCUCUCAGCCUUUUACGACCCGAAAGAUCGUAAGCUCGAGCAAGCAGAGAUCAAGGGUGUCUUAGAACUCUGCGAGGUCUCUAUUAAAGGAAAGGACUGGGCUCGUUGUCAUACCCUGGGACUGUUUUGGAUAGGUUGUUAUGCCGGUCACCCUACAUUGCCGUACAUAGGAAGAGUAGUCCUUUCGUAUAACGAGAGGUUGCCCCGCAGGUGGGAGCAUUUCUAUCACGGGAUGAGGAACCUGUUGGAUGACAGCGAGAUUCAGGAUCAUGACGAUGAGUUAUUAAGGGAUAAGUGGAUUGACAUUGGGAAGCCACAGAAGAAGGUAUUUGAUGCUUAUCCGCAAGCAAUGAAGUAUUUUGGAGACGUUGCGGAGUGUGAUAAGAAUAAAGGGGAAAUGUAUAUAGAUCCUGCUGAGCAUUGCGCGGUUCAAUAA